UGCACCCCCAGCUGUGGUCCUGGCUACAGGCACCGCGUGGUUUUGUGUAAGAGUGGGGAGAGUGGCGACACGCUGCCAGAGUCCAAGUGUCCAAAACAUGGCCGGCCCACCUCCAGGGUCCGCUGUAAUCUGCAGCGCUGCCCUCCCCCUCAGUGGGUGACGGGUCCCUGGGGAGAGUGUUCUGCAAAGUGUGGUCUGGGUCAGGAGAUGCGCUCGGUGCAGUGUCUGACCCACACGGGACAGCCCUCCAACGAGUGUCUGGAUCAUCAGCGGCCUGUAGCCAUGCAGCAGUGCAAGAGUAAAUGUGACACCAGUCUGCCCGUCAGCAUAGAAAACCCUGAAGGUGAGCGCUUCCUGCCUUCUUUGACU